ACUAAACCCAACAUGUUAAUAAUGUUAUGGGAGGGGCUGAACAGUUUGGAAAACCCUACUCGAUUAAUCCUCAGCCCUCUCCCAUUUCCCACACCCCGACAAUUCACCCGUGACCCACAUGAGAGCUGCUGUUAAAUCUGCUUUCUGUUUCCAUCAAUGUUUUAACAUAAGUCUUUGGGGUUUUUUUUUCGUCUUGUCCACUGGUUACUUAGCCUACUGCCACUUGCAUUACUGCAGCCAUUAACAUUUAAGGAAAGUGGACUGGAGGGUGUUAAUCUGCUGAGAUUCCGGCUUUUCCCGCCACAUGCAGGAAGCCAGUGACGACGCUGGAAUUUUCAUGAAUGAAGUCACGUGGACAAACAGCGGGUGACGUCAGCGCUGGUUCCCGGAACUGGUGGCGCUGGCUGAGAGCGCGUGUGGACCUGACCGGCUGCUCAACGGCGCGGCGCUGGAUGCGCACUACCGCGAGUGCAUUCUCAAACGUUGCUUCGGAUGUUGACAGGGUAAUGACGGCUAACUUUAAAGGACACAAAGCAUUAAAGGUUAAGAAGGAGGCCGGAGAGAAUGUCCCGACCCUCAGCGACCAAGAGUUGGUGUCCAUGACGGUUCGCGAGCUGAACCAGCACCUGCGAGGCCUGAGCAAGGAGGAGAUCGUUCAGCUGAAGCAGCGACGGCGGACGCUGAAGAACCGUGGAUAUGCCGCCAGCUGUCGGGUCAAGCGCGUGACGCAGAAGGAGGAGCUUCAGCGACAGAGGACCGACCUCCAGCAGGAGGUGACCAAACUGGCCCAGGAGAACGCCAACAUGAGAGUGGAACUUGAUGGCCUACGCUCCAAGUAUGAGGCCCUCCAGAAGUACGCUCGCACAGUGGCCAAGGCCCCCACCCUACCGCCCACCAGUGUCAUCACCAUCAUCAAAUCAUCUGACUCCUAAACCUUUCUUGGCUUUCACUCCUGGUGUUGGAGUAGGGUUGGAUGAGGAUAUUGAGUUAAAGAGCUGGAGCAGAUAAAUGGAAUUAAGAUACAUGUGGCAGCCUUUUAAUAAUACCACGGUGGGCUAUUUGAAGGUCUUGCUCCGUAGCCUCUUAGCUGACACUGCUUCUUGAAGCUACGUCCAGAGGCGAGAUACUGAUGCUCAACAUGUCUCCCGUCCUAAACCACCUCUACCCUCACAAAACUGAAGUCGCCAAACAAUAAUUCUCUUGAGCAGUGGAUGGUAAGUGCCCAAAUACAAGCCCAGAAAUCCGAUUCAAGGUUGAGAUGGUUCUGGACCUGGCUUUCCCGAGUUCAGAGAGCAAGAUCUUCAUCUGUGGAACCAUGGAUUGGAUGGACUAGCCUCCCUGCUUUAGCUCAACUUGGCUGAUUCAAGAUCACAAAUUGUUCACGCCACCAUUUGAAGACCUUCCAUUCACAAUGAAGACUAGGACUACUGAAUACCUAUGGCUUUCUGUCCUGGGGGCUCUCCUCACCCGAACACUAGGGAGUCUGGGAGGAGAUUGUAGAAUUAUCAAAUAUUGUGUUUCUUGUAAGCUGUACAAAAAAUAUAUUUUUUAUUUGGUUUUGCAGUCCUCCUUUACAAACUUGUGUGCAUUUGAAAUUUGUGAAAUUGCUUUGUGGCCUAAAUGUUUUCAAAACUGAGCCUGGGGUUGAGUGAGAGUUUCAGACCAACAGAUGCUGUUCCUGAAAAAGUAGGUUUGAUUCUGGAAGCCAGGUUUUAGAGUUCAGAGUCAAUGUUGUGCAGAGUUUGAGUGGUGUAAUGUGCAGUGAGUGUAGAGCACUGAUAUUUGAGAAAUCAACGUCUAUUGUAGCUUCCAAAACCUCUGUCCAUGUGGCCUUUUCAGUUGACGACGGAAUUUUGCUGUUUUGAAUUGGUUAAUCAAAGGGAAAGAAUUCCAAUUAAAGUCCUUCCGUUUCCUGUGAUCUGUGUUGCAGUUUGUAAUAUUAGCAUGGUGAUGCAACAAUUGAGUUCUGUGGUGUGAAUUUUAUUUAGGAGAGUUGCAGGUGCCGUAUGGGUUCCAAAAUAGCAACCAAAAGAGGGCCAAUUUGGCCAAUAUUAGUGAAAGGGGCAAAUGUCUGCCAUUGAUUCACAGAGCAGGCAGAUCGAUCAUGACUUCACCCAGAACACAAUACUAAUUAAACCCCAGUACUGACAUUUCAGAACUCAGUGCUGCAGCUAACCCCACGCUAUUUAAAAAGGUCCAUCAACUAAUUUUAUCUUGGUUGCCAACUUAGUCCUUCUGGCUGCUGCUACAAUUCUAUAAAACAUUUUUGCUGCUUUUAAGAGUUUUCUGAACAGUUUGAAAGACUAUUUUGAUUUCUAGGCACUGCACAAACCAAACUCUUCUAGUCAUGUGCAAUCAGAAGGAGGGAUUCAGCAUUGAAGGCAGCACAAUGUGGGAGCAUGAGCUGAGAGCAGGCUGCUCAGCAGCGGGCCAUGUCAACCUGGUGUUUCUGGGGAGUAAUUUUUGAUCUGAAUUUCAGUAAGGGAUACGUAGGCAUUGCCAGGACUCCACGAGGGACAAAUCUAACAUGCUUAUCAGCUUGACAUGGCAGGCUACUAAAGGGCAUGACUUUUGCUCUCUGCUCUUGCAUGGGGAAAUCCCAGGGAUCACCUAUUGCAAGGGUUCCCAACCUGGUGUAAAUUUACCCCUAGGGGGUAAAUUUCACCUACCCAGAGGAUAAAUUUGUUGAUUUUGGAUUUGUACAUAUUUUUUCUCAUUGGCUGACUGUGUUUGGUUCUGGUAUACCGGUAUCUGUUCAUCAUUAGUUGUUCAUUCAUAAAUAAAUGAAAUAACAUUGUUAUGUGCUAUUAAAGUUGCCAGGGGUAAACAGGACGAGAAAGGUUGGGAACCCCAUGACCUAUUGAAAGAUAGUCGGUUGCAUUUAAUUCUCUUUCUUCUCAUGUGAAGAGUCAUACUCAUGCUCACAAGGAUAGUUGGCGGCUCCUGAUACAGGAUGCCAUUGCCAACACUUGUGUCAAACUGCUGUACUGUACCAGUUGGCAACACAACUUGACAGGGCAGACUGGUCGGGCUGCUAUAUAGGAACCUUCACUGGAGUCUAUAGGAUGAGUAUAGAGAAUCUUGGUGAUCUGACAUAUGUUGGCCAUCAUGAAGAGACAGGGCUCACCGCAGAAACCAACAUAGAUGGACAUUUCUGGCUGGACUCUGUGUCAGUAUGUUACCAAUAAUCACAGACCCAAUUCCCUAUUCCCCAACAUACCAUACCUUCUCUUCCCUCUGUUAUGGACUGUGACUUCAAUGCAAAAACAUAUCUAUGUAAAAGCACAUGCCGAACUGUAUUUACCAAGGAAAUUCUGCCAAUGCAUAUAAAAGUAAUUAUGCCUUUCUUUAGUGCCUGCCUCCAAGUGCCUUUGUCAAUCCUCGUGUUCCCAACAGAUCUUCCUGAGGAAGUGUAAUAUAGCUGGCAGAAAGCUACUGACCUUCGUAGAACAGAGAACAGUACAGCAUAGGAACAGUCCCAGCGGCCCACGAUGUCUAUGAUUUCUGUUUAAUUAAUACAACUGCCCGCUCAUGAUCCAUAUCUCUCUAUUCCCUGUCUAUUCGCAUGUUUGUCUAAAUGCCUCUUAAACAUCGGUAUUGUUUCUGCUUCCACCACCUCCCCUGAUGGUACAUUCCAGGCAGCUACUAUUCUCUGCAUUAAAAUUAAACUUCCUUUCACAUCAUCUUUAAACUUUUCUCCUCUCAUCUUGAAGCUAUGCUCUCUGGUAAUUGACAUUUCCAUUCUGGGAAAAAAAUCUCUGACUGUCUACCCUAUCUAUUCCUUUCAUAAUUUUAUAUGCCAUCACAUUCUCCACUCGCCCUCUGAAACACCAGAAGAAACAAUCUAUGUUUGCCCACUCUGUCAUCAUAGCGAGUAAACUCCAAUCCAGGCAACAACCUGGUGAAUCUUAUCUGCACUCUCUCCAGAGCCUCCACAUCGCUCCUGUCGAGUGGUGACCAGCGCUGUGCACAAUACUCCAGGUGCAGCCAAUCCAAAAUUUUAUACAUCGACCUGACUUGGCAAUUUUUAUACUCAUUUCCCUGACCGACGAAGGCAGCAUGCCAUGUGCCUUCUUUACCGCCCUGUUAAUUUGUGCAGCCAUUUUCAGGGAAGUUUUUCUCUCAAUAAUGAUGCCUCUGCAGUUGCUUGGUCCACAGGCAAGAGAAUUCUGACUGUAUUGUAGGCAGAAGAGGAAGGGUUUUGUUGCAAUCAACUAAAAAUGGAUGUUACAUGUGAUGAAAUAUAAUUGUACAAGUAUCCAAUGGAAGAGAUUGUUGUGUCUGUUUCCAAAGCAAAUCAUUUAAGUGGCCUCCUGCUAUGAACCAGUGUUGUUGUCCUUCAUAAAUUAGUUCAGUGUA